AUGGACUCGGGCCCAGUCGUUGGCCACAUCCCCGCCAAGGUACACUCGAUAUACCAAGCAGCUACAACCUCUACCAAGGUACAGUCAAUAUACCAGACGGCCCCGAUGGCAGACGAUUUUGCAAGCAACGUUGAUUUCUUCGUCAGUACUAUUGAUGGCGAUUCUUCUCCACAUGGGGCCGGAGGCAUGGAUCAAGCAUUCUCAACCUCGGGCAGUCUGACGGCACACAUCUCCCCGCUGAAGCCAUCCUUUGCGUGGGGCAGCCAACACGAAUUCAACGGAUCAGAAGAACCCUCGACCGUGGCAUCGGGUCCAUCAUCCGCCGUGACACCGGCGUUCGGGUUCGAAGAAACCUUUGACCCAACACAAUGCCUGUAUGAUCCCAUGCGGAAUAAACACGGCCAGCCAGAACUGGACUACUACGCGACUGGGAUGUCUCGAAAGAAGAUUCACCAAGAUGUGAACGUAACGUCCCCCGUUCAAGACCGCAUACUGUACAUCAUAGACCAGGUCGCGGCCAUGGGCUUUGACUCGCUCGAGGAGGUUGUGGAAAUAUACUACACAAAGACGUUUGAAAGCACCUCUCCCUUGCAUCAACAUCAGAGAUUGAGCCGUAACCGCCGCUUGCCUCGGCUUGUAGGCUCCUUGCACACCGCCGCCAAAAACUGGGAUAACUGGGAGCGGCGAGGAUUCAGAGAACAAAUCACCCUCGGGGCGGAAGAGAUUUUUGCCGAGGAGAUGGAUUUGUUCAUUGCACAGAAUCCAAUCAGCAAAACUUCAGAAUGGGCUCCCAAAUCUAUGGGCUCUGACAACGGCGAUAAUACAAGAUAA